AUGACUUUCAUUCUCCAAACCUCCAACAUUCUUCUUCAGAAUGUCCCCUUUCUCAAGCCUUCACUGAGGACCCUCUUCCCUGACCAACCCUCCCCUCCCCUCACCAGGAUCACCCAGUCUCGGCUGUUGAUCCUGGCCAAUCCUCCAAGCCACCCUGCGCGGGCUUCUCCCUUCUCCGCGUAUGUCACUGCGCAUCCGGAUAUUGAACUAACUGGACUUGAUCUCGGCGGGCCGGCCCACCCAUACUCAAUGACAUUUGGACACCUGUCAAGACACGAGUGGGAGUGGGAGUGGGACGAGAAGGGUUGGAUGGACCCAGCAUCGGCUCAAUGCCAUGGCCAGCUCUCUGAGCCGCCGGCACCUGUCUCGCUCUGUCUUACAACGUACAGUCCUAGCGAACAACGACACAUGGGAACGGCGGAUAGCGAGAGCGGACACAGGCUGUGCCCAAAUUGCCUUGGUCGCGGCUCUGUCAAAGAUUCGCCCAACAGGAGGUCUUACCGGUACGGCCGCGCUUGGGCUUGGCACGGGUUUAUUUCGCUCAGACGCCACGCCCUCCCGGCCCUGUUCCUGUUCUUUACGUUGUACGUGCCUUGUCCUCAAAUACUGCCUCUCAACAUGCUGUCAGGAUUCGGGACCAACUUGUCAUCGGGGCAACUCGCCGGGCUUCCCGUCAAGUCGGAUUCCAGGUACACCAGACCGUCGGUGUCGGCCCAGUCAUCCCAACUUGGCAUGCCAACCCACCAAUGCUUCUUGCUUUCCUCCGCCUACCGUACAUACGCUCAGGCUUGGGAGGAAGAAGGGGGCCCGGAGCUUUUUGUUUUCUCCACCCUUCUUCGUUCCCGACUCUCCGACGACCACUCGAUGCACGCUCCGUUCAGUUCAGGCUUUGGCAUCGUCGCGCCGAUCUCAAAGUUGCUUGAUGGAACGGAAGGCGGGAUCAGGUUCUCGAAACCGUCUCGACCUUGGGCCUUUCUAGGGCUUCUGGUUAGAACCAGACUUGCUUCUGGCCGCGAGCCCUUUCUCCGGUUCCCUCUUUUGCCGCCGGCAGGUACAGUAGACGCGAAAGAGCCUAUGAUGCCGCACCACGUCCCUACCGGGCCCCCCGUCAACAACACUCGGAACUCGUGUAAUCUUUCUUUCCGAGUCUGGAGGAUAGGGUCCGGCCAUGUACACAUACGGCACCAGGCACACCCAGCCGCAGGAGCCGGGUUGAACGACAAUCUGAACAAGCGGGUUGACACUGGGACUUUGGAUUUUCCGCAGCUCGGCUCGUCAAAUCUUCACCCAUUCAUUCAUUACGAGAGGAAAGUUGUGCCCUUGGUUUCCUGGACCCCUUCUCGUCUCUACUUUAAUAUUGCAACUUUUCGUUAUAAAGAGCUGGGUAAGGGACGAGAGAAAACCGAGAUGCCUGGUUUCGAUGAGCGUUCUGUUCACACGUCUACAACGCAACCACGACACGAAGACUCGAAUUACAGCGGAUGGACGAACAAAGGAAAUGAGUGCCUCAAGCCUGAUGUGCAGUGCCAUACAUGGAUAUUGUACCAGAGACUCUGA